UCUGAUAAAAAAAAGAGCACUUCACAAACCCGUACAUGUGAUCAUUACAAUGUGAUUUUUCUCAAAUUAGAUAUAUUAAUAUGAUUAAACAAAAUUGAUGGGGAUUUAUUAGAGACAAGGAAUGUACGUAUGCAUGUAUGUAUAUAUUGCAUGCGCGCGCUUUUUUUCCAAAUCAUCUCUCGUCGUUCACCAGCAAUCAACGGUGUAAGCACACCCCUGAGGUUCAUGACGAGCGUGCGCAACGUCACACGAGCACAAGUGGAAUACGACGCGAAUGGUCAUGGUGUGCUGUUGCGGAAGAGCCAGAGAGCUCGUCUCCUACGAAGCACAGCUGGCGCGUACCGUCAAGAUGUAAGACGUGAGGGUGCAGGGAUGUCACCUUAGAAAGCUGUUGGGCCCGAGAGGCCGCGAGAGUGUGAAAACGAGAGGAAGAGAGCGGGAAAAAUAGAGAAAAGAAAGGAAGAACCGGACACAACACACGAGGAGUGGAAUACACAGAAUGGAGUAGCUGGAAAAGGGGAUCGAUCGCAUCGUACGAUAGUUGGCAAUGGAGGACACGAGACUGGGGUAAGUACUGUGUCGUUUCCGGUAGUCUCUGGGUCUACAUACAUACGUGCGUUCGUACUACGUGCAUACGGGACGGGAAGCGAGCGCGCUCUCGUCGAGAGGAAAAGUAGGGCGUCGGGGGUGAGAGAUGUUGGAGGUAUCGGAGGAGCGGGGUGGUCGGGCGGCGGGGAUGGUUGUCCUGCUUUUCGCCGCGACCUCGUCGCUUCGAGCCUCCGGGAACAGAGCGGAACGGGAAUGGAGUGAUUCUCCAAGGCGGGGAGUGUCGCGCAGAAGGUAGCCGAAAAGAACAGUAGCGAUGUCGACGUCUCGACGACGGUGCGUGCGCGUCGACGAGUGCAACAGAGUGUCGACACGAGGAAGGUGUUGGUGAUGUUGGUGCUAGUGAUUAACGGUGGUGGCAGCAAAACAGCACCUUGAAACGCCCCCGAUGAGCCUUCUAGAGGGACGAGGGAUGGAUCUCGAGACGAGGAUAACCGUGAGCUCGAUAGCGCUUCUACGUGAUAAUCCGUGGUGUACUUUCAAAAGUGAUUUUUGCACUGGGAAAUGCAGCGGCUGUGAUGUAUCCAUCCGACUCGAAGCAACUGCUUGCUUCUUCUUGCUUAAAGAUAUACCGGGUGCAUAGCUCUCCUCGGAGAAUCAAGCGCGUAAACUCGCAUUUGCGCUAUGCAGGCGAUGUACUAUAAAUAGAAGAGCCUUGUUAGCGACUGCACAACGUGCGACCUGUACCGCUACCAGAUGCAUCAGCAUCACCGUGAUCUGAGCACUCGAAAAUGGCGUCAGGAUUGCCGAGCGCUCAUCAGAGGAAACUUGGACCAGCGCCGAUAGCAUCCUUCGAAGACCUAUCCGACGAGGUGGAAAACGGAGAAUCGGCGGCGGGGCGAAUGCCGGGCAUCGUCGAGGUCACCACACCGGCUACGCCUGGCAGUUCGCUUAAGACGCCUAGCACGCCGCGAAUUGACAUCAGUCGGGCGAGCAGCUCCUCGCACCAUGAAGAUAGUAAUUCCAGAGACUCGUCACCCGAGCGGGAGCUUCUCGCAGGUGCGGAUCCUCCGCCCGGCUGCAAGCUUACCUUGGGUUACAAAGAGGACGCCCAAGACCUCAGAUCCUCCACGGAGGAGUUGGACUUGCAGGAUCCCGUCCACGAACAGGAUCUUAGACGGGAGUCCAAGAAGUUGGCGCGCAAGCGCAAGGACGACGGAUCCCAGUCAGAUUACAGCGGCAAGCAACAGCAGCAGCAGCAGGACCGCGAGCGCAAGGACAGCAAUUGCUCGGAGAUAUGCUUGCUCAACAUCAGCGGCAGAACGUCCAGGCUGUCGUCGGUCGGCAGCCAAGGCUCCGGCGUCUCCGGGAAGCUCUCGGUUGUGUCGGCGACUUCCUCCAGAUCGCCCAGUCCGCACAAGUGUUUACUGGAGACAUCGUUCUGCGGUAGCAAACCGACGCUCGCCGACAACUUGAUAGAGCCGUCGAAGCCGGAGACCGAUGAUCUCGAGAAAAUACUCUUGAAACGGGAAGCCGACACUACGAAAGCACUGAUCCCCGAGAGCAUCAAGGUGUCGAUGGUGGGUGGCAACCUGAAGCCGGAUCCGCUGGACAAGCCCAGGAGACGUGGUCGCGAGGAGAGGAAGGAGAUCUUCAAGCGAGAGGUGGAAAUUACCAAGAGAUUCCUGGAGAAAGUUAACAUAGAGGUACCCAUCAUAAAGAAACCUAGCGAACAACAAGGACCAUCGACACUGCAGCAGUUCUCAACGAAGGCUCAGGUACAAGAAGUUCAAAAACCCGCGACACUCGACUUCAACGACAAAAGGAAGAAAGCUCAGAACUUCAAGGAGAUCGUACAGACGACGCCUACGACGGGCAGCGUGAGCGGAAGUCCCAAGUUACCGAGACACCAAAAAGUGCGGGACCUCGAAGGCUCGCGAACGCCCAGUCCGUCGUCCGUAUCCAGAAAGAGUAGCUUCGCUUCGUUGUUCAAGGCGAAAACCGACGGCAGUAUAUUGAGCCCAGAAUCGCCAUCGCCUAGCACGAAACCACGGCGGAGUCUAACGUCAAAACUGAGGGACACCACGGAAAGUCUGAGGAGCCGCUCGAAAUCGCGCGAGAGAGUGUCGGCCGACAAGAGUUCGAGUCUAAAGAAAGACUCCAAGAACAAGGGUGUGUUCUCGUCCACUUUGAGCUUGUUCAAGAAACGUGAGAGGAAGAAGAGCUAUGACGAAGCGAUCGCGGCUUCGUGCGAUCUCGACGCGCCCAGCGGCGAACAGCCGUCCCUAGAAAGCAUCGGCCACGUGGAGUUUACGUUCAAUACCGAGAAGGAACGUCGACAGGAUGACUCGAUAUUCAUCAGUUUGCACGCAGACAAUAGAAACUAUGAGGAGGCUUUGCCAUCGGAGAGCGUGUCGAUACCGUUGGAGACGCCGACCAAAUUGCUGGACGAAUACGAAUCCGAGCCGCGUACGGGAAGCAUAAUCACGGAGGUGUCGAUUGAGCAUCAUCCGGCACCUGUCGCCAAGAUCAGAACCGAAGCACAAAUCGAGACCAUAUCCAGGAGUUCUUUCAGAGAUAGCCAGCUGCCGCAAAGCGCGUCCAAGGAUUCUCAGCUGUCCAAGAGUUCAUCGAGAGAUUCGAAGAUUAGUGUUCAGGCUAAUAAAGUGGUUGAGACACCACCGACGAAAACGUUGACUUCAGUGAAGUCGUCGACCCCGACGAAGUCGCCAACCUCGGCGAAAAUUUCGACUCCGGCGAAAUCGUCGACUCCGGCGAAGUCGUCGACUCCGAUCAAGUCGUCGAUCACAGCGAAACCGUCGAUCCCGGCGAAACCAUCGACCCCGGCGAAACCGUCGACCCCGGCGAAACCGUCGAUCCCGACGAAACCGUCGACACCGGCGGCGAAACCGGCGGUGGUGACACCGGCAAAGUCGUCGAGCUCGACAGAGAUGAAAUCUGCGGAAUCGCGGCUGCCAAGCGGCACAUUCAAGGAUUCCGGCGGCAAGAAACCGGACAUAACGAAGCCGAAAAGAAAAAGCAGAGAGAGUCAGCAGCAGCAGCAGCAGCACGAAUCAUCCGAGAGAAUUCGAGAGGACGACGACACGAAAUCGCAGCAAAAGAAAUCGAGAGAAGUUCCAUCGACUGCAGAAGCUAACAAGUCCGAUCUGCUCGACGACAAUAAAAUAGGCAAGUCGCAGCAGGACGGUCUUGUAAAGACCUCCAGUAUGAUAUCCGAUCUGGACCAUAACAGCUCGGAAUCGGAGAGAGAUUCAGAGAUCGAAUUUAUUCGAAACAAGGUCGAGAAGAUGGCGGAGGAGCUACCCGACGAGAGAAAGGGUCUCUUUUACGAGGAAAGUUUCGAGGAGGAUCUUCCGUACGUGCCGACGACCUUACCGUUGGAGAAGAGCGUUGCUGUACCAAUCCUGCCUGUUAAACAACGACUUCAGGAAGUAAGGACGAUACCGAUCGAGAGACCGCGCUCGACGACGCCGAUAAACCCUACUCUGCUGGACGAGUUCGUGAUGCAGACGUCUCUGGACGAGCGGCGCGUUGAGAGAAUGAAGAUCUCUUUGCCGCGAGAGGACAGCUUCAAGCUCAAGAGCCCGCGCCGACACGCGACGAACACGUUCACGGAGUUUGCGGGUAAGGUGCCGCCGGACGGAGGUCGUAAGGCUGCUGCCCAAGGCAAAUCACCGAGUCCACCUCCACUGCCACCGAGAGCACCCGCGGUACGACCGAGCAAUUGGAUCAACUUUGAAGAGAUACCGGAGAAGCGAAAGGCGCCAAAAAGGAUACAGACGAUACCGCGACCCGAAGACGAGAUCGCAAAGGGUGCCGGUAGCUACAGCUACGUACAACCGGAGGAGUGCAAGUGCGAGUGCCACGAGGAGUCUAGACGAGCGUCCAUGCGGGAGGCGGUGGAGGUGGCGGCUACCACUACCGCAACCGCAACCGCAACUACAAUCGCCACUGCCACCAGCACCGCGGCCACCAGCACCAGGACUUCCUCGUGCAGCAGCAACGGUGAGCGGCCGUGCAACGGCGAGAACUGUACGGCGCCGACCGGCAGCUCCGUCGACCGCGCCAGUAUCGUCAGUGACAGCUCGCUGGAGUGCAGUCUGAGCAUAGACGAUGGUCAGAGCACGCAGGCGCUCCUCGGCAACUCGACGAAACCUUUCGCCAUGGAUCUCGAUGUGCGAUCCAACAGGUCGAGCAUCAUAUCGCAGGAGGAGAACGACGAGAACCAGCAUCAAUAAUAAUUACGUAGCGCACUCAUGCCUUAGCCGUUAGAUCUCUCUUUCACUUUGUCGCAAAAUGGCCGAAUUCUUCCUUCGGACACGAGAACCGAAGGACAGUUGAUUUCAUCGACGAACGCGCGCUACGCGUAGAGCGAGUUGGAGUCAGUUCUACGCAUGUCGGCAGCGCGCGUGCAAAGCACAUGUUGAUCGAAUCUUUAGUCGCCGAAGGCAUAUUGCGCUUAUCUUCCAAAUUACCGGAAGAUUCGGCAUUUCUUUUUUUAUUUUGAAAUGUCGCACGGGAAAUCAUUUAUUCGUCAUAUAUACCGGUCAGACUGUUUUUGCAUCGCGCUACAUCGAUUUACAGUAUAAAUGUAUCAUAUUUUUGAUUUAUUUAUUUAUUUAUUUAUUUAUUAUCGGUCACCGGUGCUCUCGUCGCGCUCGUUUUCACGCAUAUUUUGCAGUCCGCGAUAUCUUGUAGUUUUUAAUGCGUUGAUGCUCCCUCAUAAUUGACCCGGAUGAUGGCUCGCUAAUGUCUCUGUCACUCUCCCUUGGACUAUCAUUAGCUUUCUCUAUCGACAAAGAGUGGAUGUGUGCAUCGUGUCAUCAGAACGUCAAUGAGACUCUCGGAUGUCACGGCAAACCGCUGCUUUCUGCCGUAAUAUAAAGAAACGGAUAAGUAAAACAAACAUUAUUUUGUCAAAUGUUGUACACAUCGAUUACGAGACGAAGUCUCUCGUGACGCUCGAGUGAGCUUUCAAAGCUUCAUAUCAUGUAGAUACGCGUAAAUUCAUAGGUAUACUUUUCCGUGAAAGCACGUAGAUCUUAAGAACGCAUUAAGAAAUUUAUUCAAUGUUGAGCCGGACGAUCGGUCGUUACGAUCGACUAGUGCGAUGAUUUAUUGAUCAAUUGUUCUUCUAACUUGUACGAUAUAGCAUUUACAUAAACGAUAAUCUCUCUCUCUACAAAGUAUCUGAACGUAACGCGAAGGUCAACCUGGUCCCGCCAAUAUUGUACCCAUAUCUUGGACCAGACAAACGCAUUGCAGUUUCCGACGAACGUCGUGUAUGAAUUGCCCGUGCGCGAUAAGCUUUAAUCUACAUCCGUUAGAGUAAAAUAAGGAGUUACGCGUUUAGCGCUAUACAAAGUUCUCAGUCCUCAUAGUCAGGACUGUCGCAGUCGGAGUAACUGUGACACUUGGAUAAAUAUAAUGUAAUUUUCCGCGAUAUUUUCCUAUCGUACGAUUUUUAUUAUAAUAAUCAUGAUUAUUCGAUCUCAAUCAUCGUAAUAACGGCGAAUAAAUGAGAAUUCCGAUAAAAGAGUUACGUCGAUAAACUGAAGAUUGAAUAUCACUCUCAGUAUGUUUAUAUAAUUAUAUUGCACGAUCGACAUUUAAUGAUACAAACGUGUACAUAAUUACGUAUAGUAUUAAAUUAUAAUUUAUAGAGAUUGAAUUGUGCGUGUGCGUGUGUGUGUGUGUGUGUGUGUGUGUGUGUGUGUGUGUGUGUGUGUGUGCUGUAUGCGCGCGCGCGCGUACGUGUAUACAUAUAUAGUGUCAUAUGGAGUCUUGAAAGCUCGGGUCACGAUAGCUCCUAUCGAAUCGAUCUAACGUUAUCGUCGCACAUGUAACGAAUGUGCACGAAUCUCUCCGACUGUCGCUCGUAGAACGCUUUCACCUUCCUUACCUUCCGAGCCAGCGAGCCAUUGUUCACGCGAGCCAAUUCGCUCCUUUUUUAUUUUCCUCUUUUCGGUUUUAGAAGGGAGCGAUUCUCCGCCGUUUACCUCCGUCGCGAAUUUCAGGGAGCCGACGAAAUGCGCUUACGAGUCGAGCGCAAUAUGAGACGUGUUCCGUAGGAUCAAGCUCGUGUGUACGAGAUUGAGAGAAUUCUAUAUUAUCUACCUCCUGAAACGUACCAAAGAUAAUCGAAUGUCUGCGGAGGGAUUACUUCAACCUCAUUUAGGAAAUAGCUCCAUGACGCAAACGUCGGUUUGAUCCUUUCUCUCGCGAUCGAUUGGAAUAAUUGUGACAAUAGGAUACACUGCGAGCUUAUAUAUUCAAGAGUUUCGUAUCAAUCCAAAUACCGUCGAAUUUCGUUUCUUACGUAAACGUGACAUCAAGUCAAGGCCAUCUGGAUAAUAUAGAUAAAUUUCAAGAAAGACACCUUGCCUUCCUCUCUUUUUGGACUCAUUCCCUCGGUCCGAAGCUAUCUAAAUCGAGUUGAUUAAUGGUGAAUUAAUUAAGAUCGGUCUGACCGUUGAAAAUCGUACAGUUUACACUCGUCACAAUCGUUAUACUGACGAUCAAUUGCUCGUCUAAUCGAACAACGGUAAUCGGAUUUUACUCUACGCCAGAAAUCUCAUCAUACGGACUAUGUUGAGAAAAUGAGCUCCUGAAGAGGAUCAAAUCAAUGUUUGUGUUUGUGAGCAAAAUCGCAGUUCUGUCCGCGCGAUCGGAAUGUUGCUUUUCCUCUUUUUUUCCUUCCUAGUCCGUUUCAUACAUAACAUAUAAUAAGAUUAUCAAUUAUUUUUUCAUCAAACUGUUUCUGUUCUCUCUCUUUCUCACUUUCACAAUAUCCUUUCGAGCCGUGUUUUCUAUGCUCGUGCAAUAUAAAGAAGAAAACUGUACUGUGUUCAAAAUGUUUCAAGAUGAAAAUAAGUAAUUCGUAGUGAGAGACAGAAAGUUACUUUAUUAUUCUCCGUUGCGUUGAGCGAUCAGAAGUAAACAUAAUUGCAAUUUGGGACAUAUAGCAGUUAUCGUUAAUUAUCUGAAUAAUUCCAAGUAUGCCUAACAAUUAUGAUCGACUCUCGAAGCGUUUAAAGAAAAAGUUGCAAUCUUUAAAUAAAUCUUUAUAUAUUUCUGUGUGGUCUAAUUUCGAUUAGCAAAAGCAUUUUAAAGCAGGGACUUUUUUCAUAAUCAUAAUCAAGAAGAGUGAUGCGAAACCUAAAGCUCCCUGUAUCUCGCCGCGACCAUGUUGGAUUUGUGACAUCAGAGCGAGGAAUGACAUGCUGACGAAAGUUGCGUGCCACUUUUAAAUAAAAAUAAAUGCGGAAUAAAUACGAAAAAGAACACUUGAGAUCGCUUGAGAACACUUGUAAAAUUUUCCGAAAACUAUCCUUUUCUUCUGACGAUCAGUAGAUUGUCGCAAAUAACAAAUAGUGAAAUGAAACAUGCGCACAGACAAAAAACAGACUCAUUUCACAGUUUAUUAUUUGACUAUUUAUUGAUCAUCAAGGGAAAAGGAUACCUUGAAGAUAAUUUUGCAAGUGUGCUCAAGCAAAUGUCCUUUCGUUCAUAUUUAUCUUUAUUCAGAAAUAGGCCGCAACUUUCGUCAACAUAUCAUUCUUCGCUUUUGACGUCAUAAAUCCGGCAUGACCGGCGAAAUAUAAGGAGCCUUAAACACACAAAAUGAUAGUGUCACGUGAUAUUCGCUCGACGUGACAAUCUCCUCAGUUAAUCGCGUAUUGGAAUUGAGUCAAAUCCUGUGGUGAAUCGUAUUCCUAUUAUUCUGCUUCCACUUUUAUCCCCCCAUACUCUUUCCCACCUCCGCCCGGACAUGAAAUAGUUAAGUCAACAAGUGAAUUAAUUGAUUGAUAGACUUGUAAGCGCGCGAAAUAACUAUCCGUGAAGUAAUCGAACAUGCCCAUCUCUUUUUCCUUUCUACUUUCGCGACUAGGGAGAAAGAGACGUGCAUGUUUUUCAUGUAGUGAACGAUCUUGUGGUAAUAUCAGUGCAAUUUGCCUGUAGCUAAACGUCUCGUGCAAGAUAAUUUCCUUUCUUUUAGAUUUCGAUGUUUAGCUAAACGAAUUUUCAGAGUAUAUUAUAUAUGAAAUAUAAGAAAAAAAAAUAUAUAUAUAUAUAUACACUCACACAUAAUGAAAACAUAUAUCUACAUAUAAAAAUAAGCAGGGAUCGGAAUCAGUACAAUUCUCAUAUAAAUCCAACUUUUGACGCUGCACGAAAUUAUGUCAACUCGACAAAAUUAAGCCAGCUUUGAUCCCUGCGAAUAAAGCUGCCCAGCGCAGCGGUGGAUCGGCUGCGUUAGCGUGCGACGAAGCGACGAAUAAAAUUCGCGAUCGAAAGCGAAUCGCAUUUCGCGAAAAGUCAACGUAUUUUCAUGCAAAUAAAACGUCGCACUUUUGAAUAAUUCUCUCGUUUAUAUGUUUCUUUUAUAUCAUUUUACCAAAAGAGUCGACUAGUAUGCGUGAAAAUUCACUGGACUUCUGCGAAAGCGUCGCUCGCUUUCGACUCGAAGGAAACUGUGCCCUUUUUCGCCUAGGAGACAAUUCUCGAGCUCAUGGUCGUCUGCAAGAUUUCCAUCAAAAUAUGAUCUUGCUGGCGACCUAUCGCGGGAAGAAACAAAAAGGAGAAGACAAGAGAAAAACAAGAAAUGGAAAAAAGCAAGAAGGAUCCGUCAUCCCGACCGCUUCUUUCUCGCGAGGAUAGCGCAACUCGGAAGUCGCAGCGAUUUCCUCCCUAGUUUCUAACCGAAACUAAUCAAGAAGGAGACCCGUGGUUAUCCUCCGACAGCUCGAAGACUUACGACAAAAUAUUAAACCCGUGAUACUUUUUCUAAUCUUUUCUAGGCGAGCGUAGAGAGCAAGAAAGACCAGAGCAACGGCGGAUGGUCUGCUUUCUCGUCAAUCGUUUAAUUUCCAUACGUUUCACAUUAAUUUUGUCAAUAUGCUCGUUACAUCACAAACAAAGUCACUGUACUCUGCAAUUUGUUGUAAGCGAAACGCUUACUAAAGACAAUACUGUCAAAUUCAGCCACAUUUACAGUGCAAAUCGUCCGCCAUUGUUUUGGCAUACGUACUUCGUUUAAACUGCCGGAUAUGCUCGAGGAAAUUGGCCGUUCUGGCCAUUCGACGAGAAAAUUCGAGGCUCCUCGGACAUGUCGGCAUGCGAGAGAACGCCACAUCGCCCAUUCCCCUAGCAAUACAUGAUUGUUCGUGAUUAUUUUUCAUGCAAUGUAAAACAAUAACAAAAUGAAGUAUAAAUUUAAAUGUUUCUAAUGUUAUGUAAAUAAAAUUGUAGGAACGGAACUACAUUUUCGAGUGCUAAAUGAAUACGUUUAAAUAACGCCAACGACUACGACGACGAUGACGAUAACAACAAUGACGACGACGACGACGACGACAAUGUUACAUUGACGAUAAUACAUUUAACGACUUCAUGUUCAAAAACAGAGGAAAAUAAAAUAAAUAAACUGUUUAUGUGUGUUUUGA